CGCUCACAACACACACAUAUGUUGCUCCUUUUUGCGUUCCGUCUCAGACGCGGCGUAAAAAGCACCGGUGAAAAGUUCGACGAUGUGUCUGAUAGAAAAAUACAGUGUUUUCGAGUGAGUUCAAGUGACAUUUCUCACUGUGUCUCCCUAACCAUAUUUCAACGGUGACAACGAACCUAAUUCUAACAAUAAUGCAUCGUCCAUCCUUCUACGUCGCCUUUACUGAAAUAAUCAGUGCCACGACAACGGAAAAAUCACGUUCGAUCAACCAAAAAUCUCCCGACACUCUAAGUUUGCAGUUCGAGACGAGAGGAAGGAGUGACACGGGUGGUCUCGUUUCGAAAGAGACUUUGGGAAUUUUGUUGCCUUUUUUGGGAGAAUGUCACGCGACGAGGCCGACAGAGGCUGGGCCUGGGUUGUCGUCGCUGCUGUGACCAUCAUUAACUUGGCGGUGCUUCCGAUACAACAAUGUUACGGUCUUAUCUUUUCGGAGCGUUUUCUUUCGCUCGGUAUCUCCGCCACGCAAACAUCAUUCAUUCUUCAUCUGAAUGGGACAAUCGCGUGUAGCCUGGGUCUGAUAAGCGGCCCGAUGAUGAAGAGAUUCACGUUUCGAAAGGUCGCCUUCCUCGGCGGUUUAACCGUCGCCGUUGGCAUCUGCAUGACCGCGUUCGCAGUCGCUGUUCCCGCCAUUAUUGUCACUUAUUGCAUCAUCGUCGGUACCGGUCACGGGAUCACGUUUCUAGCAAUAAAUCUAGCCCUAAACACGUAUUUUCGUAAGAAACGCAACGUAGCCAUGGGAUUGUCGGUGACACUAACAGGCUUAGGUCCGAUUUUGAUGCCUUUUUUAAUAGCAAAACUGCUAGAAAGUUACGCCACCACUGGUACGCUUUUGAUUCUCGCUGGAAUCGCGAUGCAUUCGCUGAUAGGAGCGUCGUUGUUGAGGCCAUUCAAAGAAAAAGAAAUUGCAAGUUUAACGAAGGGCAAUGACAUCACGGAAUCUUCCGCAGAAAAACAUUCGGGAGACGUUAAUUCUCGAUUAUUGAACGAAGACGUGGCUCGAGAAACUAUAAACAACGAUAAAAAAGGAGAGAAACGAAAGUUCCUGUUGAAAAUUUCGGAGCACUUGGAUCUCGAUCUUUUCAGGGACACCCGUUACGUAGCAGUUAUAUUAGGUAUGGGGGUGUCUUUAGUAGCAGAAACGAACUUCAACGCCAUGAUUCCGUUCGUCCUCGCGGAACUCUGUGGCCUCGAAAGGACUUCGAUCGCGACUGUGAUGUCGAUCCAAGCCGCUUCGGACAUUUUUGGACGAUUAUGCGUGCCACUCGUGGCCCAAAAAGCCGAAUGGACAUCAAAAAAUCUUUACGUUGUCUCCUUAAUAGGAUCCACUCUUGGAAGAACCAUUUUGACAACCUGGGGAAGCAGUUACGUUAGUGUUGUCUGCGUUGCACUGAUUAUUGGCGUUGCAAAAGGCACAAAAGCUGUUUUUCAGACUCUGAUAAUCUCUGAUUACGUUCCUCUGAACAAACUGCCAGCUGCAUUUGGAAUGCAAAUGGCCUGCAGUGGUGUACUGUCGAUCGCCAUUGGUCCAAUCAUAGGAUUAGUGCACGAUUCGAUGAACAGUUACGUAGCUGCUCUUCAUUUCACUUCGAUUUUAAGUCUUUCUUGUAUUUUCAUGUGGUACGUGAGUGGAUUUUUAAGGUACAAUAAAGACACUGGAAAAUCUAGCGAAAAAACAGAAAAAAAAGACACAGAAAAACGAGAGGAAACGAUUGACUCAAAUGCUUAAAUAAUUGACAAAAGUUUCUACCUGAGAAAAAAGAUUAAAAGAGAUUGAAA